UUACGUUCUGUAGACACGCGCAAUGAUAGCCGGAAGCACCGAUCUGAGGAAAAUAAAAAUCGAUGAAAUCCACUGUAUUUCGCGAGUAUAAACCUCUCACUUACUGUCCUUUUCGCGACCGUAGGCUCGAAUUGAUCUGCCCUUUUCACCGUCACUGUGCCUGUGGCGAAGGUAGAGAGCAGGAAAGCUGCUCCAUUUGAACGAAGUUGCUCGGUAGGGGUUUAGCUGACGUGUGGAGAAGUUGAGACUGCCAGAGAGCAGAUAAACAAACAUAAACAAGCAGGGACCAGCUGAGCGCCUGUCCGAACCGAACCAGCGGCACGGAGAGAUGUCAGGGAGAGCGAGUUUCCUCUUUCUAACCCAAGAAUGAUCCACAGGAGACCGUGACUUACACUGAUACUAGCUCCAUGUCAACUGUCAACACUGGCACACAAAGAAUUUCGGAAACAAAACACGAGGACCAGCCAUAGGCUUUAGCAGAAAAGCCAUUGCUCCUGUCACUGUCUCUUUGUCAAGACAGGCUAGCAUGGACAACCAAUAAGUUUACCUUCCAGUUUUCAGCUGUGACGAAACGAAUACAUAUUACAGUGCCAGGAGACAGAGAAGUGGGAUUAACAUGGCCCACCAGGCAACCCCUAGUUCCCAGAAGGCCCUGAUGAUGGAGCUGAAGUCUCUGCAGGAGCAGCCGGUGGAGGGCUUCCGCAUCACUCUGGUGGAGGAGUCUGACCUCUACAACUGGGAAGUGGCCAUCUUCGGGCCCCCUAACACCCUGUAUGAGGGAGGCUACUUUAAGGCUCACAUCAAGUUCCCAGUUGACUACCCUUACUCCCCGCCAACCUUCCGCUUUCUCACAAAGAUGUGGCACCCCAACAUCUACGAGAACGGAGAUGUGUGCAUCUCCAUCCUGCACCCUCCUGUCGAUGACCCUCAGAGCGGGGAGCUCCCCUCUGAACGGUGGAACCCCACCCAGAACGUCAGGACAAUCCUGCUUAGUGUGAUCUCUCUGCUUAAUGAGCCCAACACCUUCUCCCCGGCUAACGUGGACGCGUCUGUCAUGUUUCGCAAAUGGAGGGACAGCAAAGGCAAGGACAAGGAGUAUGCAGAGAUUAUCAGGAAGCAGGUGAUGUCAACAGCAGCCGAGGCUGAGCGCGAUGGAGUCAAGGUGCCGACCACGUUGGCCGAGUACUGCGUCCAGACCAGGGUUCCCUCCCAGGACAGCAGUUCAGACCUUCUCUAUGACGACCUGUACGACGACGACAUGGAAGAGGAGGACGAGGAGGAAGACGAGAGCGAUAUGGAGUCUGUAGGUGAAGCCGGGGGGAUCAGCCCCACGGAGGACGGCGGGACGUCCACCAGACGUUACGACAACCAAGACGACUCUGGCAACGAAGACUCAUGAUGAUCUGGAUGAUAACUCCUCCCUGCCAACUCCCCCAACCACCCUCCUUCUUUUAUGUGUUACGUUCCGAUUUUGUGUGUGUGUCUGUGUGUGUGGGUGUCUGUUGGUGUGUGUAUGUGUGUUGGAGUGUGUAUGUGUGUGUGGGUGUCUGUGUCUGUGUGUGUAUGUGCGUUUGCACAUACAGUGGGGUCAACAGUCAACUGCCAAAAUAAACGUUUCAUCAUUUAUUAAACUAAUACAAUGAUUGGUCACAAUAGUAGUUGUAGUCAAAUAAUGUUACAUAGUUUUUCAGAAAAGGUUUGUUGGUACUGUUUUCACUCAAGUCAGAAUUUGGUGUUUCCACCGUUUGCCUUAAUUACAGCUUGCACUCUGUCUGGCAUCAGAUGUUUCGCAGAGUUUGAGAAUUGAAAUGAUUCCAGCACUGUUUGAGAGCACCACCAAGUGUUUUUGAUGUUGCAUUUUCAGCCUUUAUUUUGACAGGAAAGCUGAAGACAUGAAAGGGGAGAGAGGGAGGAAUGACAUGCAGCAAAGGGCCACAGGUCGGAGUCGAACCCGGGCCCCCUGCGUCGAGGAGUAAACCUCUAUAUGUGGGCGCCCGCUUUACCAACCGAGCUAUACAGGCGCCCUGUUUUUUUAUUUAAAUGUUGCCGUUGAGGAUGCGGAAAUGACAAUGACGGCAUGCCUCUGCGGAAUAGAGCGGUAUUACUCUACGGCCUCUACAGUUCAUCCCACUUUACGGUGUGAUUAAUCACCUGCGAGUUACCGACUCCAGACGAAGCAAAACAUCCCCACAAGUGAUUAUUUAUAAAAGUAGUUUUUCGGCCCUGUUGCAUCACUCUUUUAUGCAACCAAAUCCUCACGUAUGUACUGUUAGUUGUUUGGUUGCAACUAUAAAGUUGAAUUUUAGUCAUCAACAAUGAAAUUUCAGUUCCAUCCAUGCCAAACCAUUAGACUUGUUUUGCCAUUAAAGAAGUGGUUUGGUAACUGCUACAGUUUGUUGGUCUUUUGACUGUAAUUUUGGUCAGCUUGAGUAGGACUUUGUUUGAUGCGUUGGCUUUUUGUCUUGGAUGCAGAUGCAUAAAGAUGAUAAUUUAAAACCACAGUGCCAUCUCUAGUUCUGUCUUGUCCUUGUAUGAGAUGAGAGUAGUCCCGCAUUGCCAGACCUAUGUCCACAGUGCUGUGUCAGCGCUGGAGUCUGGUCUGGCUGCACAAGUUAACGUUCUGGGAUAGGGCAAAAAACACUCUGGCUUGUCUGUAUUUCUUUAAACCAAUCACAAUCUUCCUGGGUGGCGCUAAGCCCCAGAUGCAGCGAAUAUGCCCUUGCAAAAUAAAUAGUGGAAGAGGAUGAGUAUGCCUGAUAUUUCCGGUGCGUCAGGCUUUGUACGCACAGUGGACAUCCGGUAAACCAGACUAGGAUGAGAAUAACUCAAUCUUGUGAAAAUCUUUCCAGCUUUUUAUCAUGAUUAAGCAUAAACCGUAGUAACGGGUCAUUAGUUAUUAAAAUACCAUAAUAAUGAACAUUGUGUAGGAUACAUGUGUAACACUUGCGUACAUGGUGAGACAAACAUUUUUGAAUCUUCCUCUCACAUAUGCCAGUAUUUGAAUUACUUAACAAGCAUUUCCCAAAGAUAAAUAUCACAUAUCACUUCUAAACAACCGUCUGCAAAGUAAACAAAUUGUCUUAGUUUUUGAUAAAUGAUGAAAACAAACUGUCCUUGUGGUGGUCUCUUGAACCCCACUGUAGCUGGCCGGCUCUUUGUCAGGCUAGUCCAUGUCACAUUGUCCGGUUUUGUUUUCAAAGAUUGUCUCUAUCCAAUGUGUCUUUACGUGUUGCUGUUUUUAAUGUACUUUUUGUUGUUGUUUUCGUUUAGUUCUGUUUAGGCAUUCUGUCCUCCCUGACUUGUCCUUUGUAUUUUCUGGGAGGGCUCAGACAGUCUGGCUGAUGGACACAUGCUGUUUGGCUCAUUAACCAGCCGAUGAGCUGGCCAGCUUCUCCUGUCACUGUCCAUCAGUGUGCCCCCGUGGCAGAAUGUCUCUGUCCCUCUCACGCCUGUCUGUUCGACUGAUCAGUCAACUUUAACUUGCGAACACAGGCUUGACUGUGGCUCCACCCUCUUGGACCCACCUUCAGUAGUGUCCAUCGCAGCCGCUCCCUCAUGAUCCCUCCAAGCAACGCCAUUUGGUUAGGGGGUGGACAAGGUUCAAACCUUUUCUCACGUCGACUCCUACGCCUCUCUCUGCCUCUUAAACCUCAGGGCCUCGAUAGACUUUCACUGAGAGAGAAAAAAAAACAGUCCAAGAGAAACUUCACACACGCAAACUGAUCCUCACCUCCACCUCCUUUUCUUACUUUCUGCAUCACUGGGUGGUUCUAUAGGGCAGAGAGAGUGAACUGAAAGUCUCCAAACCCACCGCCAGCGUGUGAGUGUUGCUGUUGGUCCUGAUUAAGUUGUUUUCUUCCUGGUAGGCUGGAGUCACAUUUUAAAAAUCAAAAUGUCACCUGUAGGGACAUUCUCCUCGAGACACAUUAUGUUUGCGAUAGAUGUGAAAAUGUUACGUUUUUGCGCCGUAACUCGAUUUAAGCUUAAAUGCGAUUUAGUGAAAAUGUGGACGUUGUUCCUGUGCUACACCACAUCCAGACUGUUUAUCGACAGAGACAAAAAUCAACAUGCAGCUUAGCUUACGCAUUUGAAUGAAUUUGACACUUGAUUGCCUGUUAUCUGUGUGUUUGUGUGUGGAUAUUUACAUUUACUCUUCAUCUUUUGACUACAAUGUCAGGGUUCUCUUGUUCCUGUCUCUGUGGAACAGGUGCAGACUUCUGUCACUACUACAGUACGUUUGCCCAAAUGACCUUUUGGACUUUGUCCAGUUGAGAAAAGAUUGUGUGUUUGCACAGCGUUCUAAUGCUGUUUUGGUGAGGCCCGAACUGGCUGAGGAUUUGACUGAUUUAAAAAAUAAUAAGAAGAAAUCUGAGUGUUGAACUUUUGGACACACUGAACAGCAUUAUGUGGCAAAUAUUACUUGUAUGGCAUCAAUUAAGCCACACAUUGUGUUUUUAUCGUUGUGGGUUAUAAUCUGUUGCCCUUUUUUUUAACACAACAGAGCACUGCGCAAACCGUGGAUGGAUUUUUAUGCCAAGGAAACCAAGUACAGCCCCACAAGCGUUCAUUUUAAAUACUGUGGAGCUAUGGAUGCAUGUGGUGGAUUUAACGCUGUUUGAAUAAACUCUUAAAGAGAUACAUUUUGGAUUUUAAUGUGAAGCCAAAGGAGUGAAACAUUUCCUGCUGGCCCUGUGCUGUCGAGGCUCCCAGAGACUGGAUUCUGUUGAGGAAGGGGGUCUUUAAUGGAUUUGAUAUCAAGGCACAACAGGAAGGGGAUUAUUGUCUGAAAUUCUGAAGUUUUCUUGAUUUGUUCCCCAUUUUUUUGCCCACCCGUCACCAUACAGAGAAUAAGAUAAAUCCUAGUAAUGUGUACCAAUGUCAGGUGUAUCUGUUAAAGGAUUAGUUUGACAUAUUGGGAGAUAUGCUAAUUUGCUUUGUGGCUGAGAUGAGAAGAUCUUUACCAGUCUAACACAUGAGAAGUGGUAUCAAUCUUAUCAUCUAACUCUAGGUAAGAAAGCAAAUGUAAGCAUAUUUUCCAAAAUGUCGAACAAGUGCUUUCAUUUACAAAAUUGCCUUCCAUCACAAAUUUAGAAAUCAAUCAAAUUAUUGUUUCUGUGGCAUAGUGUAGCCCUUAUGAUAGCAAUUCAAUGAUCAGUUUAGACCUCUUUAAUCUUAAAAUCCUCCAUUUUUGUACUUAAAUGUAUGCCUUGUUUUUUUUAUAUAAUGAGGGCAGGUGGAGAAAAGCUAUGGAGGCCUUUUGAGGGGAGAGAGCAACCAACAAUUAUCUCUGACGGAUGACAAUAAUUCCCAAACUCAACCUAAGAAAUGACAAACUAAAACAGACUGCAGUCUAAGAUGUUGAGAUGUUAUUCCAUACACAGUGUUACAUACAAAGGCCCUCACACGGUCACACCCUCAAUGGACUGACCUGAGUGUGUCCACACCCAUUGAUGCUAAUGCUGCCGGGUUUUUCUUUGAUUUUAUGUCAUUUUCUUUCCUCAUCAUUUUGUGUUUGUGAGGAUGCGAAUGUCACUCAUAAAGUUUCUAUUGUAAAAAUUAAAUAAAUAGAGUGUUGGGUUUGUUUGCAAUAUAGCUUUGAUAUCUGUUGCUAAGCCCACGUCAUGGAAAACAGACAACACAGCAAGCUGGUUUUUGGAGUAGAAUUAGGAGUGAUAUGCAAAUGGAGGCAUACAGUUAUUGUGGUGGAGUUGGAAAAUCAUUCAAAAUAAAACAGUAUGUCAUUGAAGCCCAUUGAAA